AUGAAGUUCAACUCUGUUGCUCUCACCUUGGCGACGGCUGGUUCCCUCGUGGCCGGUCAACAUCACAACGCCCACCGUCAUCACCACAAGCGUACCGUUGAGACUCAGCUCGUCGAGGCCGACGGCUCCACUGUUAUCCAGUACGAAUAUCAAGGCCAGGUGGUCUCCAGCGACUUUGUGUGCACUGGUAUCCGAAAGGGAGAGCUGAGGUACAAAGAGGGCCAACCCGUCGUUGAUGCCUGCCAGUCUAGCGCUCCUGCCUCAUCCUCAUCCUCUUCCUCUUCCUCUACUCUGGCAGCAGCGCCAACCGAAGCACCAGCUGAGUUUGUGGAGACUUCCCCCUCCGCCACUCCAGCUUCGUCCUCUAGCGCCUCUGCAACCUCUUCGUCUGCUGCUUCCUCGAGCACCCCCACUAAGUCGAGCAGCUCUGGUGCUAAGGGCUUGGAUUCCGACUUCCCUGAUGGAGAGAUUGACUGCGGUACUUUCCCAUCUGACUAUGGCGCCGUCGCUCUUGACUACCUGGAUCUCGGUGGCUGGUCUGGUAUUCAGUAUGUAAGCCUCGCUGGCAAGGUUGUGAGCGACAUCGUCACUGCUGUGACUGGUGACAAGUGCUCCACUGGAGCCAUGUGCUCGUACGCCUGCCCCGCUGGUUAUCAAAAGUCUCAGUGGCCCAGCACCCAGGGCGCCACCGGCCAGUCCGUUGGUGGCCUCGAAUGUAAGCUGGGCAAGCUCUACCUUACUAACCCCACCCUGUCCAAGAAGCUUUGCAUUGAGGGUGUUGGUGGUGUUCAUGCUCAGAACAACCUUGGCGAGGAGAUUGCCAUUUGCCGUACUGACUACCCUGGUACCGAAGCUGAGACCAUCCCUCUCGCCCUUGGUGACAAUGAGCUUCAGCCCUUGACUUGCCCUGACGGCGCAACCUACUUCAAGUGGGAGGGCAAGGUUACCUCCGCUCAGUACUAUGUUAACCCCAAGGGUACCAGCACGAAGGAGGGCUGCCAGUGGGGUGACGGCUCCAAGCCUAUUGGUAACUGGGCUCCCAUCAACCUUGGUGUCGGUGAGAACAAUGGCAAGUGGCUUUCUAUUUUCCAGAACAGCCCCACUACCAGCGUGAAGCUCGACUUCAACAUUAAGAUUCAGGGUGACAACCUCAGCGGAUCUUGUAAAUACGAGAACGGCAAGUUCACCUCUGAAACCGGCAGCAAUGACUCUGGCUGCACUGUCCAAGUUAUGUCUGGCGACGCCACCUUCGUCUUUUAUUAA